GCCAUGGCCGACGUCGAGAAUCGAGUGCUGGAGCUGCUGAAAUCACAUGGUGAUGAUGGAGGAUUCAACCAGUUGAGGAGCAAGGCCGACGAGUUGAUUUCUAUUUUGCUGAGCCACAACCUUGCACGCAAGGAAAAAAUCGAGAACAAGUAUUUGCGCCCGCACAAGCACAACCGUUUCAAAACGGGCCUGGACCCCCUGGACGUGCAUGCCCUACUCCUGCGUGUGGUCGGCCAAGGAUGGAGCUGGGCCAAAGUCGGCGUCGCUGUCUGCUUCGAGGUGGAACCGUCUGACGACAGCAUCUUCAAAUUUAACGAGACACUCUACCGCUGCAGCGACAACAUGUUGGCACCAGUAGACCAGGCCGAUGUGAGGUUCGCGACGGUCUCGAGCAGCCACACGGUUGCCAUGCUGAACGCCGUGAGCGCCAGGGCAUCGACGUACUUGACAGAGCUCUCGCAGGACGGGAAGCUAUCGCCUGAGAAGGUGCGGAUGCAUCCUACCAACCCGAGUGCCACGAUUUGUGCUUUCCCAUUGCCGCUGCCAGAGGCGGUGAAUGAGAAAGCGCAGCGCCUCGGGUUGCGAGGGGUAUCCUCGAAGGUCACCGCCGCGAACCCUGCGAUGGCUGAUCCGCUCAAGAACGGGCUGGAGUGGAUCGUCAUCCGCGCCUCAGUGGACAAGCAAUGGCCAUCAAUGGCCGACUGGCUUCAAGAAGCAUUGAACAGUGGGCAUGGCACUGAGCGAGUGCAAACAAAAGUGCAGACCAUGCUAGAAGUGCACCAGAAAGCGAUGAGGAACUUCCGUGUGUCUGGCGAAUAUGGUUGGGAGAACAUAGCUAAGGCCAUCGAGAAUGACAGGCCGCACAUGAUUGGCCAAGUCAUGCCCAUCUGCACGUUCGUGGCCAACUGGAGCGGCGGUGCUUCUGGCAACUAUUUGACUGAGUUAGACGCAUGGGCAAAAACCCUGAAGGUGAGGAGGGACGUGUCUGGGAUUACAUUUAAACUACUUGCAGACCUUCGCUUCGUGCAAGGUCCCGAGAUUGUGUUCGCGAUGCUGAAGGCCAGUUUCGUGUCUCCUGAGUCGAUGUGCAAGAACGGCGUAUCGGCCCUGCUGAGCGGCCAGGACAUGGCCACGGUGACGGGCAAGGGCAAGCAGAAUGUCCUCGCGUUCAUCACCAUGCUUCGCAAGGCCAAGGACUGGCUGCGCGAGAUCAUGAACAGCUCCGAGCUCAGGGGCAACCUCACAGACAGCGACGUCGCCAAGCUGACAGGCGACUUCGAGGUUCGCGUCGUGAUGUUUAUCUUCAACAAGAAGGUGCGAUCCCGAAAGGCGUGGCAGUCCCUGGAUGAGAUCGGCUCGCAGCUGCUGAAUGACGUGUACGACUUGGCCCCUGCCGCGGCGAAGCUCGAGCCCCCCUUCGACGUGAAGGCUGCCAACCACAUCAAGCGCGCGGGCGUGGUCGAGCUCGCGAUGCGCGGCUUCGAGGCUAAGGGCGUGGACGACGCCACGCUGAUGGCGAUGGGUUUCGAGGUCGGCGUGGAUGUGGAGCUCGCUGCAGGCGGGCCGCAGAGGUGGAAGAUUUCGUCCAUCCGCAACGGCCUCGCCAAGUUGACGGUUGUAGGCCCCAAGAAGCCCAAGAAGAUCACCGAGGAGACGACCGAGGUCAUGACUGGCGUCCUCGUGGACAACUACAAGGCCCUGCCGAAACAGAUCACCACCAUCGUGGACGUCGGUCCCACGGCUUGUUCGGCCAAGGACCACAAGGACUGGGUGAUCGACCACAUCAAGACCGAUGCCAAGCAGGCCCUCGCCGCUGCUUUUUCUAUGUUUGAGCCUAAGGUCGAGCUGCGUGUGAUGUUUCAGACGGGUGUGAAAUCCACGCCUCCAUCCGUGGUAGCGACUCGGUCGUAUGAGAAGGGUCAGCUCAUCCUAGUUGCGUUGAGCACGAAUGUGGGGAUCGCUGCAAAGGUACCCGCUAGUGCAGUUGAGUUUCGUGGCGUGUGCGGCGUGCCUGAUGACUUGCACUGCUUUGCGAUGCCGUACGCUGCCACGCCAGUGAGAAUCGAUGGGUCAGAUGAGACCCACUCGUUUGUUGUGCCAUUUUGGUGCGUCCCCGUGGCUACAGAUGGCCACCCAGCGAACAUGACUCCAUGUGCUCUUUCGAUUCGCUGGCAGCCUGCCGAGAUUAUGGGCAGGGGCAAAUCCACCAGCAAAGAAUUCAGCGUCCCUGCCCUCUUCAACAAUAAGGCCAUCGCCAAAGGCGAUGCCCUGUACAAGUCGGCCGACUCGGCCAAGAGGGACGCACCUGCCAGUGCGACCGCAGGGACCUCGAAGAAGCAGAAGCACUCAUGA